AUGCCUCCCAAGUAUGACAAUGUCCAGCGGCUCCUCGAUGCUGAAAGAAGGCGGAAUGAAGUUAUUGCCAAUGCGAAAGCUCAGAAGCAGGCGAAGGUGAAGCAGGCUAAAGUUGAUGCCGAACGCGAAGUUGCUGCUUUCCACGCGGAGAAGGAACGCGAAUAUGAAGCAUACCGCCAGCAGCAGGAGGCACUUACCGAGAAAGAAAAGGAACAAUUGCGAUCUGAUACGGAUGUCUGGUUACAACAGCUCAACGCCAUGGCGGCCAAUCGCAUGCAGGCGGUUGAAACUAUGAUGACUGGUUUGAUACUGCGAUGUCAGGACAACUGA